CAUCUCAAAUCACUGCUGGCGACUGAGCAAUCAAGUACUAGCUUUCAAACAGAGAUGUUUCGGCGGUGUCUGUCUCCUCUUUGCAUCCUCAUCCUCAUCUGUUUGGUGUUCACAAACUCUUCUUACCCUUUUGGACACAGAGGGGCGCUGUCCUUCUCCAAUUCAUUGCGCCUUACUCUCUCUAUUCGUGCACGUGUUCAGCAGCUGCUGUCCCGCUACAAACAACAGCUGUUUGGCGACGAGCUCUUUGAAUACAGGGAGCUGAUGCUGAAUACGCUUCCCGCGGUCACCGUCAGCUAUCGGACCUGGCUACGCAUGCAGGACACUGAGCGUCUGCGUUUGGCCUCUCGCAACCUCCAAACUUUCUGGACUCAUCUGGAAGUUCAACGGCAGCAGCUGGAGAGAGAGAGGGACGCGACGAAGGAAAGAAGAGAGCAGAGAAGGGGCAAACGAGGAAGGCCUCAGCUCACCUUGUGCCAAAGAUUCGAUAGUCUGCAAGUAGAUUUGCGGGACUUAAUGAAACAAGUCAACUCUCAGUUGAACAGUCUGAGUAUCACGGCAUCUACAAAUUCCCCACUUCUACACGCAACUUCAUCUUCCAGUCCGACUCCCAGCAUGCAUCAUUCCACAGAGAGCACCACAAUACUGCAGACCCCAACUCAGACAGAUGAUCAUCGCAGCUCCACGCAGUCUUCUACUUCAGUGACGGAGAAGAUUUCCGUCAGCCUUCCACAACCCACCCAGGCAUCAGCAGGCUUAAUUUUCACGGGAAGCCAGUUAUCUGUGGACACCCUGCAGACAACAACAGCAGAGAUGUCCCGCUGGAUUCAGCAUCUGAGGGGGUAUGUGAUACUGAGAGACCUGGAACGGUACUUAAGCAGAUUGGCACGAGAUUACUCUGUGCUCCAAUCUAAAUACUGACAAACGCACUUAAGUAAUUUAACCAAUGCGGUUAAAAAAGUACAAAAAAAACAAGUAUUGCACAAGUAUUACACAGAAUUAAUUCUAAAACAAAACCAAGAAAUUACGUAAUUGAAUACACUAACAUUCAUAUCCAUAAACAUUUCCAUGUCAGUUUCUGUUUACCUUGUGCUUUAAAUAUUUUAUUUAUGAAAAUAAUUUAUUACUAUUUUUUAUUUACUGUUUGUUUACAAUUAAUUAAACAGAUUUUACUGCAUUCUGUAUUUUAUAUUUAAGUAUUUUUGAUGUAUUUGGUAAGUCUCAGGGGUUCAGUACAUCAGCAGGCAGCUAGUGUGGGUUAUCAUGAGAUUGCCAAACAGUGUUUUUUUGAUCCAAUAGUAUUUUUAGAUAAUACAAUUAUUGUACUUGAAUGUAUAUUUGUCUGUUUGAAGGGUAAGUGCGUUAUUUUAUUUAUAUUGGACAAUUUUACUGAAACAAAAAAAGGUUAGUCAGCCAUUCUGGAAGACCAAAAUUCCCCAAACACCCCACUUCCCUCCUCUACUGUUAAUCAGUAAAUCAGAGGUCAGAAUGAGAUUUUACAUCCCUUUUUCAUUGUCAUUCCCCUGUACUUUCCACCUUGUGUUAUUUAUUAAAUUAUUUAUUUUAUUUAUGUGAUUUAUAUUUUUUUAUAGAAUAUUUAUUGUUUGUAAUUAAGUGCAUAAGUGAAAUGUUUAUUUUGUACAAGCUUGAUUUGAAUAAAACCAUGAAGUGCAUCUAGUGCAUAUUUGUGUGACAGUUUUUUCUUCUUUUACAUACAAUAGACAGUAAGUAA